AUGGCAAAGCUAACUGACUAUUCUUUUGACCAGUUCUCGGGCUACACCUUAUCGCCCUCUGAGAAGAAAUCGUUUCUUGAUUUCUACUCAAUGUUUCCUUUACCAACUGACCAAAUCGACUAUGGUGAAGCAAUCCCAAACUCACAAAGACAAAACUAUUCAAAGAUAUAUAGACCAAAAUCUCUAGUCAACCUUGACAUCUCAAAUCCAAACGAUCAACCAAACUUGCUAACAUACUUGCAUCCCUUCUUGGACACCUAUUUCAAGUUUUUUGAAAUUGCUAGCAAUUUAUGGCCUAACCAUAACUGUCUAGGCGAAAGAUUGUUCAACCAACAACUCAACUCUCACAACGAUUACUACACUUUUCAAACCUUUGAUCAAAUCAAACAGAGAAGAAACAAUCUAGGCUCUGGUAUCCUAAAAAUCGUUAGAAACAACAAAAACUAUCAAAAUUUCAUCAAAAAUGAUCCCAAUAUCUACUCCCACUCGGAUUUCAAUUAUGAGUUUAUACUAACUCUUUACUCAUCCAAUAGAAUAGAAUGGGCUCUAACUGAUCUAGCUUGUCAAGCUUACAGUUUACCCAAUACCACUCUAUAUGAUACACUUGGUUCUGAGACCUCGAAUUAUAUCUUAAAUUUAACUCGAUCUCCCAUUGUUUUUUGUUCUCGUCAGAAUAUAUUGAAAAUCUUGCAAUUGAAACAGAUUCAUGAACACGAUUUGAAAAAUCUUUUAAUCAUUGUUUCAUUUGAUGCCUUGAAUCACAAUAACGCUGAGGACCAAUCCUUGAAAGAAUUGGCUGAAUCUUUAAAUCUACAAUUAUAUGACUUGGUCGAAGUUGAAAAUAUUGGAAAGGCAAACCCUUUACCAUUAAUCCCUUCAAAACCAAAUGAUUUAUAUACAAUCUCUUUUACUUCUGGCACAACUGGUGUUCCCAAGGGUGUUGAAAUAACUCAAAGGAAUUUAUCUGCUGGUCUUACUUUGGGGUUCACUCAAAUUGGUAAACCAACCAAGCACUAUACUAAAAACCAACCAAGAACACUAGCAUUCUUGCCAUUAGCUCAUAUCUUUGAAAGACAAUUUGCUGCCUUUGAAUUAGUUUCAGGUGGAGCAAUUGGAUUCCCAAGUUCAACUAAUCCGAUUCUGAGACUAAUUGAGGAUCUAAAAGCUUUAAGGCCUUUUAGUUUAACCGCUGUUCCAAGAGUUUUCACUAAAAUUGAAAGCUCAAUCAAAUUAUUAAUUGAUAAUUUACCUGAUUCUCAAGCAAAAGUAAUUGAAAAUUACAUAUUAGAUAUCAACGAAGGUCAAUCUGGGUCUGGGUCUAGUUAUGAUACUAAUGAAGAACUCUCUCUUAUCAAUAAAGAUUAUGUUGACUCAAUAUUCCAAAAAAUUCAUGAUGAGUUUGGGUUUCAUAAUAUUCAAUUUUGUGUAACAGGUUCAGCUCCCAUUGCUUCUGAGACUGUUAAAUUUUUAAAAGCAGCUUUCAAAAUUGGGUUCAGACAAGGUUAUGGAUUAACUGAAUCAAUGGCUGCUGCAACCAUCAGUAAAGAUGAAAGAAAUCCGGGCUCGUGUGGUGUUGGUGGUUUAACUGUGGAAUUCAGGCUAAGAGACGUCUCUGAUAUGAACUAUUCUAUCAAUGAUUCCGAUGGUAUUCCCAAGGGCGAAUUAAUGCUAAGAGGACCUCAAAUAUUCCUAGGAUAUUUUAAAAAUAAAAAGAUCACAUUGGAAUCAUUUGAUGAAGAUGGAUUUUUCCAUACUGGAGAUAUUUGCAAGAUCGAUCCAAAUAAUGGUAAUAGAUUGUAUAUUAUUGAUAGAAUCAAAAAUUUGUUUAAAUUAUCUCAAGGAGAAUAUAUCAGUCCUGAAAAAAUUGAAACAGUUUAUCUCUCAUCAUGUCCAAUAAUUCAACAAGCAUUUGUGUAUGGAAAUUCAAUAAAGAAUUAUCUUAUUGGAGUAUUUGGUUUUGAUGUUGAAAAUUUUAAGAAAAGUAUCUUGAAUAAACAUAUUGAUCUUUCAAUUGUUAAUAAUUUUGAAAAUAAAGAUAAUGAACAAUUGAUUGAAUUGAUUAAUGAAAACGUGCUAUUAAAAAAACCGGUAAUUCUGUAUUUAAAUAAUCAAGUUGAAGAAUUAUCGAGACAACUUAAUAAAAGAUUGUUACAAAAUUUUGAGAAAAUUCAUAAUAUUGAGUUUGCAAUUAACCCUUUAACAAUAGAGGAUAACUUGGUCACACCAACUUUAAAAGUUAGAAGGUCUAACUGUAAUGCAUUUUUCAAAGAUACAAUUGAUAAAUUAUAUAAUGAAGGGUCUCUAAUUGAUGAUAAUAAAUAG